AUGCCGAUGCUUCUUGCGGUUUUGACCGCACUGCCUUGGGCGACAUUCGGCUACGAGACAUGGCACCUUGUUGAUGUUGCACAGGUGGUUUGCCCUGCGCCAACAAGCAGCAACCCAGAUGCUCCAGCUUUCCCAGAGUACAACCUCGGCAUCAACUAUACGAGCGCCAUGGAUGUCAGUGCCCCGCACAUCGUCACCUUCAUCCGGUCGAGCCAGCAGCCUGUCACAGUCGUUUUCAAGAUUGAGGACAGCACCGGGGCGGUCGUGGUGCCGGAGACGACAGUGGACUUGCAGGCCCUGAGCAGCACCGUUCCCGACUCAUGCAGCUGUACCAGUCCAACGAUCCCGCCUGAAGUUCAAGGCACCUACGGGCAGAACUAUGGAAGGCAAUGCCAAGCUUGGGAUAAUCCAAAUUGUGACGAGUGGUGGGGCAACGUGUCCGUCGGCGGUUGGUGCUGCCGCCCAUGGUGCUAUGCCAGCGUAGACUGUCCUGAUGCCUACUCCAGCUCGUUAUUGCCCGGCCAGUUCUUCAGCUAUGCUGCGUGCAACACGUAUAGCCCAGUUUCUCCAUGCACAUGGGAGGAAGUGCGGGAGCAAAAUGAUCCUUGCAAGUGCAGGAACUCCGGCUCUGUGUUCAGCGACGAUAUGAAAGCCAAGUUUGACCUCACUUACGGCUCGACGUGUGGGAGCUGGGAUGUCCAGAACUGUGCUCAGAACUACCGUCCGGAUCAGGUCGACACCUGGUGCUGUGCGAGUUGGUGCUAUGUGGACAAGGAGUGCCCAAGUGCCAUUCAAUCUUUGAACGCCGGGAUGGAAGGCAUCUUGUUUUGGUCCGAAAACGUGUGUGAGGACGAUGCUGCCCUUGUGGCACAGUGCCCGUACAAGCCGCAGCCAAAUGUUUCUGCGGAUGACACAAGCUGCGAUUGUCUGAACAUUACCAUGCCUGCCAGCAUCAUUGAAAGUUUGGGGCUGAAUGUGAGCGACUACGCAGACUACGGCCAGCAAUGUGGUCCACAUGAUGCUUGGAACUGCGAGGUCUUUUACCCGAAUGCCCAACAUGACAUGUGGUGUUGCACGUCUUGGUGCUGGGUAGACCCAACUUGUCCCACGAGCCGUGCAUCAACAGUCUGGCCGGGCCGGUUUUGGAGCUCAGAGAGGUGUGACCUCGUCCCAGACGUCAUCUCCGGCUGCAAGUACAACUUAGAUGCUUGCGCGUGUCGAGGUCAAUUACCCAGUGGGUCGCUUCCGGACAGCUUCGCUGCCAACUAUGGCAGCUCAUGCAGCGAUUGGGACAGCACCAAUUGCUACCAAGUGUGGGGUUCUGAUCCAGAUUCCGGCUGGAACACUUCGAGCGAUCAUGAAUGGUGCUGCGAUUCCUGGUGCUACGUGAAUUUGGAGUGCCCUAUUGCAAAAAAGUCGUGGCUAGGUAUCGGCUACUAUUUCAGCUAUGAGACUUGUGACGACCCUCCCGCCACAUACAACGAGUCCGCCGACACUUGUGAUGCUACCCGUCGACUGGGAGAGUCCAAAGCAGGCCGGCAGCUUUCCGGUCGACGCCGUGGAGGCUCCUUCUCCAGCUCGAGGCGCUCCUUCUUCUCCUCGAGUCCGCGGCGUCGGUCCCCCUCCGCUACCGCCACGACCCCACGCCGCCGGUCAAGCUCUGCGCCCAGCUUCUGGAGCCCAAGGAGACGAGCUCCCAUUUCGCCCCGCCGUCGCGACGUGCGCCGUCGUGCACCCCCGCCCCCGGUCCCAACACCUUUGAGCACCCGGCGCCGCACCACCAGCAUGGACGGAAACGUCUACACUGCAGGAUCAGGGGUACCCUACGGCUACAACAGCCGCCCCAUGCUCAUGAACAAUUACGGGGGCACCAUGCCCUAUCAAACUCCCUACGGCUAUUCAGGCUACAACGCGUACCCUCCUAAUAACAAUGCCAAUGUUGCCAUGUAUGCAGCAGGGGGCUUUGUGGUCGGUGCUGGGGCAAUGUACGCUUACAACAGCAUGUACGGUGAUGCCUACAACUAUGACAGCUUCAACCGCCGUCGCUUCUACGACUUCCGCAACCCGGACUACUGCAUUGUCAACGCGCAGGGCAGUCGGUACGGGGAUUUCAUGGAAUGCCAGCAGUGCUUCCACCUGUACGGCCCCAGCUAUUGCCCGUCCGCUCGCUCAUGCAGGACGGCAGCCGGCUGCAGAUACACCACGCGAGAAAGUUUCAACAGGGAUGACUUGGCAGCGACAGGCUUCAUUCCGAAAGACUUCGUCCCACCCCUAAAGGUGACCUUCACGCAGAUCUGGGGCGAUGACAUCGAUCCGGACCCGAUUACUGGCAUCUGCCCCCCGACCACGAGAAGUCAGGCAGAGCUUAUCGCGACGUUCAACAAGACCAUGUCUUUCAAACCAGAUUUGCUUCUUGGCUCAGAUGAAACCAGCUCCUGA